AUGCCAUUACCAUCCCUGACCGACGAUCUCGAAUCUCAGAGACUGACCGAGAUGAGCCGUAAAGAACCACCUGAAGAUUGUCUUGAAGAAGCCAGAAGGCGAUUGGGCAGCAAAUACAUCGAGGAUGAGCAGGUGGAUGGGAUGGAAUUGCCAUACGAGGGGAUAAACAGUAGCGGAAGCGAAAAGACAGAUAAGUCAAGAUCGUUUGAUGAUGAUGUUGGACACUCAGAUAGAAUGGAAGAUGCGGAUGGAGCUGAGUUGGUAAUUACAAGAACUGAUCGUUCUGGUAAAUCAUCUAAGACUAUCUAUAGAGUGAAGGAAGGGGAAGAAAAGCUCGAAGGGCUUAGUAAUGGUAAUGAUGAGAGUCUGGAUAGUGAUUUCUAG